CUUUGGUUGGCAUUCUUUCCUUGAAGAAAGAUUGAUAAAGUUCACUUUGAAUUUACAGAAACACUCUGUAGAUUCAGCAGCUUCAACCAAACAGGCCCUUAGUUCCUGGAGAGAACUUGAGGUCCUAACAGGGUAUUGUUGGAGGAAGUAAAAGCUUUAUUGAUAUGUUUAAGAAAUGAAUGACAACUAGCAAAGAUUCUGUUUAAGGGUCAAAAUGGGUUCUUUAGAACAACAUUCUAAGGCUAUGCAAGGUGGUGAAGAGGAGAAGAAACAAGCUGAACCUAAGCAUAAUGAUGUUGUUGAUCCAAAUCUCGAUCCCGCCACGUCGUCAUCUCCUAUGUUGUCCCCAUCAUCACCUAAUGACUCCGGCGCUCACACGCCACAGUGGAGCAUGAUGAGCUCAUCCCCGCAUCACGGGAUGAGCAGUCAGUUGUCGCUCCCAGGCGAACAGCUUGAUUUGAACGGGUCGGAUACGGGCUACGACCCGAACCGCAUCCCGUCGUCGGUUUUCUCCAGCAUCAAUGCGGACGAGAGGAAGAGCUUCUCCUCGUCCCUUCCCACCCUCGUUGAAGUAUCGGCGGAUCGUGAAGGGAAGGGCGAGAAGAUUUCUGUGGGGUCCGCCCAGACACAAGAAGAAGAAGAAGAAGAAGAAGAAGAAGAAGUGGAAGAAAAGGAAGAGGAAGAUGAAAUCGUUGAGACCCCGAAAUCAAUCCCAGCUAAGAAACCUUCAGAAUUCGACGUGGAAAAGGGGAACGCAAGCCCUGGAGUGCAUACUUCUCCCAUUGUUGGAGCCCCUCAAAUUGAGCGGAUUCAAGAAUCUGCUCGUGUUUCCACGGGGAGCACGAGCAGUACUAAGUCCUUCGCAUUCCCCGUGUUAGUAAAAGAUUGUAGUAGAAGAGAAGGGCCGUUGAAAGGGGACAAAGGCGUGAAAGCGGAGUCUCAACCAACCUUGAAACCGCAAUCGGAAUCAGAGCCUCAAAUGCAACAGCAGCCGGAGGCAGGGGCAAAUCCGGAAACCUCAAAAGAAACGCCACCGGAAGCAACGCAGUCCGGUUGUUUCACUUGUUUCUCUUGUUGGCCACGCUGCUGUUGACGUGCAUAUUUUAACUUCAUUUCUUUAAAAAAUUUAUGUACAAUAUAUACACAGACACAGAGAAGAUGAACCUUAUUUGUGUUUGCUUGUGAAUUGUGUUGUUCAUUGUACUCUUGGUUGGUUUGGCCUUCUGGAAGAAUGGAAAAUUGUGCUCAGAACAACAAAAUUAUUUCUGAUCAAAUGACAAAAUGUACCACAAGAUGUAAAAUUUCUGGCAUUGAUAAAACACCACAUCUCUUGAAUUUAAGCAAAAGAUGAAACGAGAACAAAUGAUGCUUGAAUCU